AUGUACAACGUCCUCAUCACAGGAAGCUCCCGUGGCCUUGGCCUGGAGUUAGUUCAGUACGUCGCUGCCCACCAGAAUUUCAAGGGUGGCUUGGUUAUCGCAACCGCCCGUAAGUGCAGCCCACAAUUGGACAAAGUCGUUGCAGCGAGCGAUGGGUCCGUAGCGUUUGUUGCGCUUGACGUGGCAGAUGAGGAGUCCGUCAAAAAGUCGGCAGAGGAAGUCAAGUCAGCAUUGAGAGAGCGGAGCCUGGAUAUGAUCAUCAACUGUGCCGGCGUCCAUAGCGAGACACAGGGUAAGUGGCUGAAGAGUGAUAUGGGUGGGCAAGAUGCCGAUCUCACCCUCGCAGAAGGUGCGGAGGCAGUAUUGAAGCUUGCCCUCUCGGCCGAUCGCCGAGACAAUGGUAGGUUCAAGAAUAUCCAUGUGCCAGGAUGGGAUAAAUAUGAUGGGCAUGAUGUGCCCUGGGUAGGAGAAAACGGUCCUUUGGGAGAUUCUGGAUCGAGGCCAAGAGGGGUUGGGCAACAUGGCCAGAAUCCUACAGAAUGGCCCCCGCCAACUGCUGUCUCGACAACAAGCGAUGAUGGAUCGAAUUAUCAUGCGAUGCAAGCAAAGGACAUUAUUCAAAUAGACCUCCAAAACUCCCUCCACAUCAGUCGUGAAAGACAGUCUUUAUUGAAGUCUGCCCUAGAAUUGGUCAGUAGCAUCGCCGACAGUCAGACUCUGACAGCCAUGGAAGAAGAGCCUCGUUCCCACGACCCUCCUUACCCAAUUCCAGAAACACCACCGCGCGAAUUACUCUUCAUGCUCCUGCCUGGCCCUCCGGAGUCUCUCCGUAUCCAGUGGCCGGAUCACAUAUCCGAUAAGUCAUACGCGGCGAUGGCUACCACCUUGUUACGAGCCCCUUCCGAACUCAAUGCCUCUCGAUUCCAUCAAUACUGCGUUUGCAUAUACGUGAAAGCAAUCUUUUGUUUGUAUCAAACUUCACGAACCACAGAUGACCCUGUUUUGAAAAGUGAGCUUUCAAAGUCCAAAGUAACUUAUGUAGCGGCAGCCAUGCGCAGCACAGGGCAGUUCAACAUCCUACAACCACCGGAUUUAUCAGCAAUACAAUCUCUGCUCUCUAGUGCAUUGCUCAUGCAGCACUUGGGGAGACCUUGCCAAUGUUGGCUUUUUGUCUCGUAUGCUGCUCGACAAAUCACAGCCCUCAAUUAUCAUAAGAUCUGCAGACGACCAGCUGCCUCGGAUCUCGAACAUGAGAUCUGCAGCGCUGUAUACUGGUGCUAUUAUCUUGAUUCAACGUUGAGCUCUUUGCUCUGUCGCCCUACUUCGCUACCGUAUCUGGAGAUUUCCCCCACCGAUCUUAUCGUAUUGGCGCCCUCGUCUCCGUACGACAGCCUUUUGCGUGUCCUACUUGAUCUCGCUCAGGUCCAGGGGAAUCUGCGAGAAAUAUCUUGUGGUGGCAGAAACGGACCCAGCGACCGAGCGCUUGAAACUUGCCAGCUCCUCAACGCCAGAAUGCACGACAUUCUCCCACGACUACAGUCGAGCCGUGAUUGUCAUCCCAAGAUGGUUCAAUAUGACUGGGUUGGCGUUGACUUCUGCUUCUACGCGAUCUUCGUGGAGAUUCACCGCACGCGCUUGAAAAAUGCAUUCAGCCCCGCCGUCCAUCGUGAAUGCCUCGUCUAUGCUCGAAAAUCACUCCAAGCCUUUCUGUUUCUUCAACAACAUCCAGCUGAGCUACCGGGAUUCGACGAUCCAUAUCCAUCGUUCUUGACAUGGACCCUACUAUUCUACCCACUCAGCGCAUUCUUCGUCGUUUUCUGCAACAUUAUUGGAACCAUGAAUCAUGACGAUUACGAACUCAUGCGCCAGAUCAUCAAGGGCUUAGUGCCAUUCAAAGAAGAUUGCCACCUGGGCAAGCUUCUGACCCUGUUGCAGUCGCUGGAGCAUCUGUGCAAGCCAUUAUUCCACAGCCCAAUCGAAGGUGGUGGUGGAUCAAGAGGGGGCUUUUCUGAGGGGAGCGUCGCACAGCGGACUUUUCUGGCACCGGGUGAUCUCGCCGAUAAUCCGGUCUCGACAGGGGCCUUUCCUUCAGGGCCUUUGGAGAAUCACAAUGGCAGCAACCAAGUGGCACCUGACACUAAUGCUGACUUGUCUGCUGACUGGCUCAUGUGGCAGCUGUUCAAUAGCCAGGUUCCGGCCGGGUGGCUGAACCAUGAAAUUGACCCUUUCGAUGUGUGACGCUGACGCUGGAUGAUGGAAUCUGGGGUAAAACUUAAUCUACAUAGGAUAGGAAAGUUCAUAUCACCUUAUGAAUUAUUCAUGGUUGGAGGUUAUAGUAGAGCAAUCCUGUGGCCGAGAAUGAGCAACCUCUUACACAACGUCUUCCGCUGCGGCUCUUCUCUCGCUUACCACCACAGAAGCUUUCUCGGAAUCGAAUUACCCAAUCGGACCGGACUUCCGGAUGACCCGCGGCUCGGACAUCCGCAUC